AUGAAUUCCUCAACAGCACAGCGCCGUUCCAUGUCAGUAGCCCUAACCUUGCCAUACCACAAGGAUGAAGACGCGUUAACGUCGGCACCAAUGAUAAUUUUGGAGCCCGCAAAGGUAGCAGACGCCCACAUCAGACUAUCGUCGUGCAUCACUCAGCUAGCGACGAGGGAGCAGCCUCCUACUGAGAGGUUCCUCACCAGGGCUGCUGAGACAUUCGACAAGUGCAGGAAAAUCGAGGGUCGCAUGGCAUCAGACCAGGACCUGAAGCUAGCAGACACUCUCCGCUACUACAUGAGAGACGCACACGCUGCCAAGGCAGUGCUCGUCCGGAGACUCAGAUGUCUAGCUGCUUACGAAGCUGCCAAUAGAAAUCUGGAGAAAGCCAGAGCGAAGAACAAGGACGUACAUGCUGCGGAGCAAGCUCAAGCGGACGCUUGCGCUAAAUUCGAGCAGCUGUCUGCGCGUGCGCGGGAGGAGCUCAUAGACUUCCGCACUCGACGGGUCGCUGCGUUCAAGAAGAGCCUCCUAGAUCUAGCAGAAUUGGAGAUAAAACACGCGCGUUCUCAACAGGAACUGUUCAGAAAGUCACUACAAGUGCUCAAGGAAUGCCAGUAAUUAUAUAACUAUGUCAUCUAACUAUUAAUAUUAUAAAUAUCAUAAAAUAUUAUAAUUUACAUUUUAUGGCG